AUGACUCUUACUGUCUUUCUGGCCGUCCUGUGCUUUGGAAUGGUCUCAUCUUCACCAGGACCAGAUCCUGUUUUGGAUGCUGAGUGGAAGAAAUGGAAAAUAAAAUAUGGAAAAACAUACAGUCUGGAGGAAGAAGGACAGAAGAGAGGAGUAUGGGAAGAAAAUAUGAAGAAGAUCAAACUGCACAAUGGGGAGAAUGGCCUGGGGAAGCAUGGUUUCACCAUGGAAAUGAAUGCCUUUGGUGACAUGACAGGAGAAGAAUUCAGAAAAAUGAUGACUGAAAUCCCAAUCCCAACUGUCAAGAAAGGAAAAAGUGUCCAGAAGCGUCAGUCAGCUCAUCUGCCCAAAUUUAUAAACUGGAAAAAGAGAGGCUAUGUUACCCCUGUGCGGAGUCAGGGAAGAUGUAACUCUUGUUGGGCUAUUUCUGUGACUGGUGCCAUAGAAGGACAGAUGUUCCGGAAAACAGGCCAACUGAUCCCAUUGAGUGUACAGAAUCUAGUGGACUGCUCUAGACCUCAAGGCAACAGGGGCUGUGAUUUCGGCUAUAGAUACCGUGCAUUGCAGUAUGUGAAGGAAAAUGGAGGCCUAGAGUCUGAGGCAACCUAUCCAUAUGAAGAAAAAGAAGGAUCAUGCAGAUACAAUCCAGAAAAUUCUACUGCUAGUAUCAGAGGCAUUGUGUUUGUCCCAAAGAAUGAGGAUGUCCUUAUGCAUGCUGUGGCAACUGUAGGGCCUAUUUCUGUUGCAAUUGAUGCAAGACAUGAAUCUUUCCUGUUCUAUAAAAGAGGUAUAUAUUAUGAGCCAAAGUGCAAUAGCUCUGCUCUCAAUCAUGGUAUGUUACUGGUUGGCUAUGGCUUUUUAGGACGAGAAUCAGAUGGCAGGAAAUACUGGCUGGUCAAGAACAGCAUUGGUAUAGAAUGGGGCAAUAGAGGCUAUAUGAAGCUUGCCAAAGACCAGGGAAACCAUUGUGGAAUUGCUACAUAUGCACUUUACCCCAGAGUGUGA